ACAACUACGAUUUAAUAAUCCUCACACGGAGAAUUAUGACACCACCGCCUACACGUCACUUUUUCUGGUCAAAAUACAGUGUUUUACGGUAGUGGUUGCGUUGGGCACGAUGUCUAUCUCCUUUUUUUCAGUUUUCCUACAGUCCUUCAGGUCAGUGAAGAGUGAGGUUUCCUCAGGUGUGUAAUGACCAGUUCCAUAUGUUGCUUUGGAGGAGUAGAAGGAUGGAUGUAGUGAAGGUGCACAAAUAUAACUAUAAGUGAAGCCCAAGUUGCUUUGGUUAAACCAAGUAGGGUUCGCAUACUUUGAAGCAGCGCUGUGUGUUGCGCGAGUGGCUGCGGUUGGGUUCUCGUCUUCACUGGCCCACCCGGAGCAGCACGAGACCUGGAUCUUCCACUCAUCUACCGGUUGUACCCAACCCUACGCAAGUAUUGGACCAGACAUAUCAUUGAGAAGGAGAUAAACCCAUUUGUUGACAAGUGGGAGGAAGAAUGCAUGUUCCCAGCCCACAGGGUGUUCAAGAUCCUCGGAAGUGCUGGCUUUCUCGGAGUUAACAAGCCUAUAGAAUAUGGAGGCCUGGGACUGGAUUUCAGCUACAGCCUGGCUGUGGCGGAGGAGCUGGGAAACAUCCGCUGUGGAGGGAUCCCCAUGGCUAUUGGGGUGCAGUCAGACAUGGCAACACCAGCUCUGACCAGGUUUGGUUCCGAUGAGCUGAAGAAGGAGUUUCUGCAGCCCACAAUCUCAGGCGACAAAGUAGCCUGUCUCGGCGUGAGCGAAGUUGGAGCCGGCUCUGAUGUUGCAAGCAUUAAGACAAAAGCAGUCCGAAACGGGGAUGAUCUCAUUAUUAACGGUGGGAAGAUGUGGACCACAAAUGGUACACAAGCGGACUGGAUGUGUCUCCUGGCCAACACCAGUGAAGGACCACCACACAGGAAUAAGUCCCUCAUCUGCUUGCCAAUGAAACUGCCUGGAAUUCAUAUUGCCCGAAAAAUUGAUAAGAUUGGAAUGAGGUCAUCAGACACAGCGGAGAUAUUCUUUGAGGACGUGCGCGUGCCCUACAAGAACAUCAUUGGACAGGAAGGCAUGGGAUUCAUGUAUCAGAUGCUGCAGUUCCAGGAGGAGCGCCUCUGGGGGGUGGCCAAUUGUCUGACGAUGAUGGAGAACGUUAUCCAGGAAACCAUAGAUUACACCCGGCAACGCAAGAUCUUCCAGCAGCCGAUCCUUCACCACCAAGCAGUCCACUUCCGCUUGGCAGAGCUCCAGACGGAAGUCGAGCUGCUCCGCUCCCUGUUGUAUUGCACCACAGCCAUGUAUAUCAGAGGCAAUGAUGUGACCAAGCAGGCCUCCAUGGCGAAACUGAAGGCAGGCCGCCUGGCACGGGAGGUGCCGGACAGUUGCCUGCAGUUCUGGGGUGGCAUGGGGUUCUGCAGUGAUGUUAUGGUCAGCAGGUUCUACAGGGAUUUCAGAGUACUGUCCAUUGGAGCAGGAGCUGAUGAAGUCAUGCUGUCCAUCAUUUGCAAGUACAUGAACACACUACCUAAGAAAUGAUGGAUUUCUUGAUGAGAAAUAACAGCGAGCCCAAAGAGCUUUGAGAUUUCAGCUCACUAUAAGUGCAUUAAUCAAUUUGCACUGCAUUGUUAAGAUAUUUAGCCAUAUAAGACAGUAUAACUUCACUUAUGUUAACUGAGUUUUAGAUUAGUGUAUUUGUAAUAGAAUUGAAAUUAAACAUGUGAUAUAAAAUGCUUUAUGAAAUGAUAUAUCCUACUGAAAUCCAAUGAACCAUGCCUUUAUACUGUAUAAUAUAUAUAAAAAAAUCUGGUCACCUAAUGAAAUUUUGAAAAAUCUGCUCAAAAUGUAUCAUGGAAUAAUGAUAUAAUUACAUCUUGUAUAUAUCUGCAAUGUUAGAGAUACAUUUUAUUAAUUUGACAGACAUCUUCACCACUGUAAUAAAGUGAAACUGAUGGGU